AUGGAAGUCCGUGCCAGCAUCCAGGACGAGACAGACUUUGCUUCCUGGCUCUUCCUUUGUUGCCAGCUCGAAAGUGAUGCUGUGAGAUGGCCGCCGGUGGAGCUGGUGGAGAGCAAGGAUGAUGGGUCCGGCGAGAAGCAGGUUCACCGCCUGACAGGCAAGGAGUAUUUCAAGUUCGGCAAGCUGCCGUCGAAUGCGGUGGUCGCCAUGCAUCCUUCCACGUCGCGAGAGCAUGCGAUCGUCUUGCAUACCAAGGCAGAGGCGGGAGCUGUUUCACCUGAAGCCUGUAUGUUUGAUUUGGGCCCUUUGAUCAAAAGACGUGCAAGUAGGUGGCUAUUGAUUUGA